AUGGCGGUUUCUUUCGCAAACGUCAACUCUGAGGCAGGGCUGAAAAAGCUUGAUGAGUACCUUCUCACUCGCAGCUACAUCACUGGCUACCAAGCUUCCAAGGAUGACCUGGCUGCCUACUCUUCAUUUUCGGCUGCUCCCUCAUCCAAGUAUAUCAACGUAGCAAGGUGGUUUAGUCACAUUGAUGCACUCCUGAGGCUGAGUGGAGUUACUGCAGAGGGCCUAGGUGUCAAGGUUGAGUCAUCAGCAGGUCCUUCAGCCUCAACUCCUGAUGUUGCUGAGGCCCCAGCUGCUGACGAGGACGAUGAUGAUGAUGUUGACCUUUUUGGUGAGGAGACUGAAGAGGAGAAGAAGGCUGCUGAAGAGCGUGCUGCGGCUGCCAAGGCUUCUGGCAAGAAGAAAGAAUCUGGGAAGUCGUCAGUUUUGCUUGAUGUGAAGCCAUGGGACGAUGAGACUGACAUGGCCAAGCUCGAGGAAGCUGUUAGGAGUGUCCAGAUGGAAGGGCUGUUUUGGGGCGCAUCCAAGCUUGUCCCAGUUGGAUAUGGCAUCAAGAAGCUGCAAAUCAUGAUGACCAUUGUCGAUGACCUCGUCUCUGUCGACACUCUCAUUGAGGACCAUCUCUGCGCUGAGCCAGUGAGCGAGUACGUCCAGAGCUGCGACAUUGUCGCCUUCAACAAGAUCUGUGGCAUCGCUCGUGGCGGAGCUGUUGCUGACAUGUUUGUCUCCCCUGCCGUGCGCUCGUGCAGGCUUGCCGAUCGCCCAAGCUUGCAGGCUGUGGCCAACAACGGUUACUUUGUUCCGUUAGCAAGAGUCUCCAUGUCGAAUAGGAGUAGCCGAAGAUGUAGUGCUGGCGACAACGGUGCGGUAGCACCUCGUCUCGUGGCAUCAGCUGCUUCGCUGCGGUAG